GAGCUGCUGCUGGGUGAUUUCUUUCAGCUCUGUCUUCCACUCGACUGGUUCUCUCUUCAGCUGUGGCUUAUCCACCGCCUAAACCCAUUAAGUACUUAGUUUCAUUGUCUGUUUUCCAAUUUGUAAAGUUACCUUUAUUUCUUUUUCAGAACAGCAGUUCUGAUUUGAGUGUCUGGCCCCUUCUGUUUUUGAUCCUUUCUUUCACAUUUUUAGUUAAAGCACCCUUGUCUUGAGAGCCUCCAUCACACUCACCUAAUACCUGAAGCUCACGGGCAUCUUAUUGUAUCCUCUGACUCCUCUUCAUGAUCAAUUCUUAUGUUUUGUAAUCUGGGAUCGGGGGGACCUCAUGGCCAGCUCCAGACUCUAUCUAGGUGGUCUGCUUUGCAGGUAAAUCCUUCCAGACUUGUUUUUGCACAUGGUGCCACCAGGUGCCCCAGAAGUCCUGUCCUGAGCCCGUUUUAGGUGUGGUUCUCAGCUUGUGGCUCUGUCCCUACGUGGCUACAAAAUCCCAGACCUCUUUGUUGCUGAUGGUGGUAUCUGGACCCUAUUUUUCACCUUCCCAGUGAUGUUUCUAGGGGCGUCUCUUAGAUUCUUACAAGUUUGUCAGGCAUUUAUUUUAGUCGGCAUUGCUAGGUGUUCUGUAGCAGGAGAGCUUUCUGAAUUCAUGGACAGUUUCGUUGCUCGAAACAGAAAUUUGGCAGUAGUCGCUACUUUUGAACCCCUACUUGAGUGAUCUGGCUGGAGACGGGAUGUUGGGCUUCCGUCCUGCCCAGGCUGGAGACUGCAUGUGGAAAACUUCCCCUCCCAGUUUUACAGGUCCUUGGCUGCCGAAUGGUAAUGCCUGGGAUGUCAAGCUAAUUCCUAGGAAUGUCUCAGGUCGGUCCCACCUCCCUCCCCAUCCUUCCGCCAGGCCCUUUGGGACAGUAGGAGAGAAGCGCUUGCCCCUGGCCCUGGCAACAUCACCCUUGUUCUGUCUGCCACGUGGACCAAGGUCUAAGGCCUUCCCACCAGAUCAGGUGUUGUGCCCUAGUGGUUCAGAGCACAGGCCUUGCCUUCAGCAGGACCUGGGUUCAAACUCCAUCUGUGUUUCUUAAUUCUGGGUGUGUUGUCUUUUUUUUUUUUCUUUUUUGUCUUUUUGUCUUUUCUAGGGCUGUUCCAGCGGCAUAUGGAAGUUCCCAGGCUAGGGGUCUAAUCAGAGCUGUAGCCUUCAGCCUACGCCAGAGCCACGGCAAUGCGGGAUCCGAGCCGCGUCUGCAACCUACACCACAGCUCACGGCAACGCCGGAUCCUUAACCCACUGAGCAAGGCUAGGGAUGGAACCUGCAACCUCAUGGUUCCUAGUCGGAUUCGUUAACCACUGAGCCACGACGGGAACUCCUCUGGGUGUGUUUCUUAAUUCUGAAAGUAGUAUCGACGUGCAAUGCAGUAAGGACCAUCAUACCAAAAUCAUGGAAGCAAUUCCUGUCAGUGGAGGUGAGGUCUUUUCCAGCUUAUUUGUUUCUUUCUUUUUAGAGCCACACCUGUAGCAUAUAGAAGGUCCCAGGCUAGGGGUCAAAUCAAAGCUGCCAGCCUAUGCCACAGCCACACCAUGCCAGAUCCGAGCAGCUCGCACAGCACUGGAUCCUUAACCCACUGAGCAAGGCCAGGGAUGGGAACUGCAUUCUCGGGGAUACUAGUAGGGUUCAUUACCACUGAGCCACCACAGGAACUCCUUUUCCAGCCUUUUGCUGAUACAAAAGGCAGCAAAUAUCCUGAGUAGGACAAAGUUCCUGAAGCAGGUUUCCUGGGUCAAAAGGGUGAGAUUUGGGGGUCCUGUAGCACAUGCCUGGCCCUAACCCAUUUAUACUCCUACAGACACGUGUGCUUAUGUCACACACAACCCCCCCCAGCCAUGUGUAAGCAAACUCUUGAUGUUUGCUAAUCUUGAUCUUGGGCACAGAGUCUCAUCCGAUUUUUAACCCAGUGUCACCUGCGUGAGAUGGAGCACUUUGGCAAACCUACACAGGCUGUUGCUAUUUCCUUUGCCUCAAAGCACUCACGGCUCCUCAGUUCCAGGCACUGAGUUACACACUCAAUAUCUGUCCUCAGAACUCCCUGUGGGAGGGACUCUGGCCCCCUUUCACAAGCUAUGAUGGAGGAUCCCUUCCCCAGGUAGGUGAUGGAGAAGAGUGGGGAAGUCACCUGGACCUGGGUGAGGGCUUAACCUCCCCUCCAGCUCUGAUGUCCUCUGACCCCAAGGCAGGGCUGAGCCCUGGAGUUCAGGUGGGACUUCUAGAGACUUGAGUCCUUGCAGGGUGAGUUUCUUGCCCCUGAUGUCCCAGCUCUUGGCCGUCCCUGGGCCUCUCCCUUUUCCUGUUUUGAUGCUGGCUCAGCCAGGCCCGGAGACAGGGGUAUGAUAUCUUAAUCUUCCAGGCGGGAGCCAUGAUGGAUUCCUGGGUCACCUCACCCACCUGCCGACCUGCCUCUUUCCCCACACACACAUCUGCUCCCCCUGGUGCUCAAUGCAGGGGUUAUUGAGCCCCAGCACUCUUGAGUGGGAGGGAUCCCACCAGGGCCCCCACCUUAUCCUCAAGAUAGCAGGUAGGGUGGGGACCCUGGUUGCCCGCUCUGGGCUUGGCCCUGGCUGCCGCCACAACACUCAUAAAUCAGGGGGCGGAGGGGGUGUCGGAAAUAGGUCUGGAAUGUCUGGAUGGGGUGUUGGGGGGUGUGUGCGCCCUUAACUCUUAGAAGGAUGGUGUGUGGGGCAGGAGCAGGGCUGCCUGGGCCCAAGGUGUGGUACGUGGGGGCCCUCGUGCAGCCGGCAGCGAAGAGGUUACCUCUCUGGCUCAGGCAGGGGGAUAAAUUGAGGGCCGGGGCAUCCCCAUCUUCAGGACCUGCCCAUCAUCAUGGCCAUGGGAAGAGUCAUGCUCAGCUUGCUGCUACUCCUGAUCCUGCAUUUGGACCUUGGCGGGGACCCUGGGGCCUGGGGGACUCCAGUGGUGGAAGGAGAGCUCUCAUCCCAGCCAGCAGCAGACAGAGGGAUCCAGAGGACACAGCUGGGUAAGCACCCCCAGAACCCUGUGUGCUCCCCAACUCCUUCUUGCCCAGACCCUGACUAUCAGUUGCUCCUCGUCCCCACAGGCGCCCGCCUGCCCCGAGCCCUGGCUGGCCCAUGCCAGUUGUGGAGCCUGCCCUUGCCCGUGGCCGAGCUGGGCUUGGGCUACACCUCAGAGGAGAUGGUCAUCUUCCACUACUGCGCUGGCAGCUGUCCCCGCGGUGCCCGCACCCAGCAUGGCCUGACAUUGGCCCGGCUUCGGGGCCAGGGCCGAGCCCAUGGUGGGCCCUGCUGCCGGCCCACCCGCUAUGCCGACGUGGCCUUCCUCGAUGACCGACACCGCUGGCAGCGGCUGCCCCAGCUCUCCGCAGCAGCCUGUGCCUGCAGCGACUAAAGAUGCCGGGCCUGGGGCCCUGCACCCACUGGAGGAGCUCUGCUUAUUAUUGGAGACUUGGAUGCUGAGAAGAGAAGGGGAGGUGGGCUGGGGCUGCCAGCAAGGGGCACAAUAAAGGAAACUGCUCCUCUGGC